UCCCAAGAUCCAAAACAGCACAAGUUGGAAAGUGGCUCUUAUAUUCACUGUAUAAAUAGUGCAGUGUUAUUUGGGAUUUAACAUUCCAAAGAGUUUAGAGAGUAUUACACACUGAGAUCAACAAGAUGCUGUCGACGGCGCUAAUGAAGGCUAAGCGGGAACAAGAAAUGUUGGAAGAGAUUUACAGAAACGCAACACAGAAAGAAGAAGAAAACUUGGAAGACAUGUACAGAAUGAUAGCACAGAAAGAAGAUGGCGAAAACAUAAUCCCAAGGUAUUUCGCCCUCAAAUCCAAACACAACACCAACUAUCUCCGCUACAUUAAUGAAUACGACGACCGCAUCGGCGGGUUCCUCCGCUUCUCCGGCCAGAGACUUGUCAGCCCGUAUACCAAAUUCGAGGUCGAGUACUCCGACCUCGGAAAGGGAUACGUGCACAUAAGAUGCUGUUACAACAACAAAUAUUGGGUUCGCCAGUCUUCCAAAUCUAGCUACAUUGUCGCCACUGCCAACCAGGCAGACGAGGACCUCUCGAAAUGGUCGUGCACGUUGUUUGAGCCGAUCUACGAUAACCGUCAGAAGGCCUAUCGUUUUCGCCACGUUCAGCUUGAUCAAAUCGUCUUCCUAUCCCACUCUAAUGACCAAUACAACGAUUGUAUCGUUGCAAAAGCUGAGCGUGAAGUUGAGGUUCUACCAAUGGUUACAAUUAGGAAGGCUGAUGAUGAAAUUUAUGCACUCUCAACACUCGUUGAUUGGGACUCCCUCUUUAUACUUCCAAAACAUGUGGCCUUCAAGGGAGAUAAUGGCCAAUAUUUGAGCUUUUCUAGUCCAUACUUGAAGUUUUCGAGCUCGGAUGUUAAAGAGUCAUCCGUUGUGCAAGAGAUCUUUCCUACAAAAGAUGGUAAUAUUCCUAUAAAGAAUGACGACUCGGGUAAUAAUCAUUUCUGCCAGAGACUGACUAUCGAAGGAAAGACGAGUUGUCUCCAUGCUGGUGCAAUUACUAUUACCAAAGAAUCGCGCAUGGAAGUGGUAGAGGUUGUAAUUUCGAGGACCAUUGAUAACGUGGAGUACCGAAUUAACGAUGCCCAAAUUUACGGCCAAAAGGUGGUGUCGAUGGGAAAAGGAACUGCUGUCAACAAAACAAAAGAAACUGACACAGUAACUUUUCAAUUCAAGUACGAGGAAAAAAAUAAAAAAAACUGGAGUUCCUCUGUCUCGUCCAAAAUUGGUGUGAGUGUUACUACAAACUUUCAAGUUGGGGUUCCUAUGGUUGCAAAAGGAAAGAUUGAAGUUUCAGCUGAGAUGGAGACUGAAUAUGAAUGGGGAGAAACCCAUAAGGAUAAAAAUGUGAAGGAAUUUACUUACCCUGUAAUUGUGCCUCCAAUGUCAAAAGUGAAGAUUCAUGCUCUCAUCAAGCAAGGGAUGUGCCAAGUUCCUUUCUCCUAUCGUCGAACCGAUGUUCUUAGAUGUUCUUAGGACUGGACGACAAGUCGUUCAUCAUUUACAUGAUGGACUUUUCAUGGGCAUAAACUCUUACGACUUCGAGUUCAAGUCUGAAACCAUAACAAUGACAUCAUAAAAUUAUUUGAGAGACUGGAACAAUGUGAUUAGUGGUCCUAUACUAUUCGAACUUCAGAGGUUACUAGAGAGUAGUCACAUUUUGACAGCCACCUUGAAUAAUUUUGUGUGAAAAGUGUAAUUAUGUAAGUUGAUUGGAGUGAAUCGAGGGUUAUUUGCGAAUAGUGGUUGUAAAACCAGUCUGUGUUUCUGUUUGUUGGUGUUUAUGUACUUUGUGU